CCAAGUGCGUAGAUAAUCUUUUACACAAUCAGUCGCUAGAUAAUAAUAGAAACAACAUCCACCCCGGCUGGAACCGAACCGAAAGCUGUUGCGUUGCACCUGCCCGUGUGGUUGUGUGUUGUUUAUUUGUGUGCGGCCCAUAAACGGCACGAACGAACGGUGGGAGCAGGUCCCUUCAACAAACGUUCCGGUCUUUCUGUAGUGUGCCCGCCCGCAUUCAUUCCCUAACCGGAACACACAACCAGAUCGACUAGGGUUACGGGGUCGGUGAACUUUGACCGCGAAGCCGUGUGUGUGUGUGUGGAUAGGAAGCUAGCGGAAGUGUUUUUUUUUUCUUUAAAAAGUGGCCUCAGCAGAACGAGCAACACCGUCAUCACCACCUUCACCAUGUCCUUAGCAUCUCUACGUCACGCACGGGCCGUUCUGCCGCAGCCGGUUAGGACACUGGCGACGAGCAGCGCCCUGAGCAAGGACGAAUCGUCAUGGCUGAGCAAGCUGAUGGUUCGCAAGAUCGAGCCGACGAAAAACUCCCACAGCCGGAUGCUGAGCGACAAGUUCGACAUCUACGAGCUGCACACGCACAAUGUCCGCCCGGAUUCGGUCGGAAAGUAUCUGGAAAAUUACAAAAACACGGUCCAAAUCGUACAAUCCAAGGGGAACCUGUCGAUGGAGCUGAUAGGCUCGUGGAACGUGGAGGUGGGCGAUCUGGACCAAUGUCUGCACCUGUGGCGCUAUACCGGCGGCUUCGAAAUGGUGGACCAAGCGAAGCGAGAGCUCAGCAGCGAUAAGAGCUACGUGCAGUUGAUGCAGGAACGGGGCACCUUUCUGCGGUCCCGGCAUUUGCAGUACCUGCUAGCAUUUAGCUACUGGCCGCAGCUGCAGCUGCGCGAGGGCAAAAACAUCUACGAAAUCCGUUCCUACCGGCUGAAGCCGGGCACGAUGAUCGAGUGGGGCAACAAUUGGGCCCGGGCGAUCAACCACCGCCAGAACAACAACGAAGCGUUCGCGGGCUACUUUUCGCAGAUCGGGCGCCUCUACAACGUGCACCACAUUUGGUGCUACAAGGAUUUGCAGGGACGAAAGGAAACGCGCGAAUCGGCCUGGCGAUCGCCCGGCUGGGACGAAUGCGUCGCCUACACUGUGCCACUGAUCCGCGAAAUGCACUGCCGCAUCCUAGCCCCGACCGAGUUUUCACCGACCCAGUAGGCCGAUGGAGACGGGCUGUUGCUGUUGCCUUGUUUCCUCUCCUUCUUUCUCCUCCGAGACAAAACAAAAUCUCCCAAUGUGUGUGUAUGUGCGUGCGUGAGGUUGAGCGCAGCAGGCCAAUUAAUUAGUGUUCCGUCGAUCGGUUGUUAGCGAAACGAUUUUCUUCAAUCUACCAACUAACUGUCUAUCUCAUUAUUCACGUGCAUUUUUUUUUUGUUAAGUUUUGAACAGUUUCGGGACUUAGUUGAGCAAUAAUAGAAAUGAGCUUAAUAUAGUUUACAUCGUUUACAAAAAUGAAUUCACACACACACACUCUCCACUGCAAGGUGGGAGGACGGAUGGUGGAGUUUCUUAGUUUCUCUUGUUCAAUUUUCACUCGACCGCUUUCCUUGUGUUUUCCCCAGCUUCGGCUCUGCCAGAUGGGGGAAGUUGCAUUUUUUUAAUACGUUAAAUGAAAUAUUAUUAUCCUUUUCCUUUACUGUAAAUCACACACAUGUGGCAUGUGAUGUAAGAUAAUAAACGAAAUGUAAAAUUACGCGAA